AAACGAUUUUAACUCAUUUUUUUUCUUCUUUAUAGUUUCUCAGUGUUGAUCUCAUCUUCUUUCCAUCCACAAUCUAAUUGAAAAGCUCCUAUAUUUAGAAAAUUAAUAUAAAUGGAGUUAACUUUAUAGUUAAUCCUUACUUUUAAUGAAUAAAAGACGAAGUUAUUAGUUCUUUUUUCUAAUAUUUCAAAACACACCCAUUGUUUCUUUGCUCCCCAUUUUUCAAAAAAUGAGCUGCUUCUCUUGUUGUGGAGUGGAGGUGCAGCACCGUACUGGUGGCCUUGGUGGCAAUAGCAACAACAAUGGCAAAUCAUUGAGGUCUUUGGUGAAUAAUUUGUCAAGAAAAGCAGGUGCCAACAAGCAAAAAAUAGCUGAAGAAAUACAAAAAGUUGGCAAAGUAAAAGUUUCAGCUCAUAUUUUCACAUUUAGAGAACUAGCAGUUGCUACAGACAACUUCAAUCCUGAUUGUCUGAUAGGGGAAGGUGGCUUUGGCAGGGUCUAUAAAGGAUACAUUGAGAACCUUGAUCAAAUUGUGGCCGUAAAGCGGCUUGAUCGGAAUGGAACUCAAGGAAGUCGAGAAUUCUUCUCAGAGGUAUUGAUGCUAAGUCUGGUUAACCAUCAGAACCUCGUGAAUCUAAUCGGCUAUUGUGCAGAUGGGGAUCAAAGGAUUUUAGUUUAUGAAUACAUGGCAAAUGGAUCUUUGGAACAUCAUCUUCUUGAUUUGCCCCCUGGUAAGGAGCCAUUGGAUUGGAAUACCAGGAUGAAAGUAGCUGAAGGAGCGGCUAAAGGACUAGAAUAUUUACACGAUUUUGCUGAUCCGCCGAUAAUUUAUCGCGACUUUAAAGCUUCAAACAUAUUACUAGAUGAGAACUUCAAUCCCAAACUCUCGGAUUUCGGACUUGCAAAGUUAGGUCCUACUGAAGGGAAAGACCAUGUAUCAACUAGGGUCAUGGGGACCUAUGGUUAUUGUGCUCCUGAAUAUGCAAUGACAGGCCAGCUGACGACAAAAUCCGAUGUUUACAGCUUCGGUGUAGUGUUUCUGGAGCUUAUCUCGGGGAGGAGAGCUAUUGAUCUCGAAAGACCGGCUGAAGAACAGAAUCUGGUUCUUUGGGCAGAGCCAUUACUCAAAGACAGGCAGAAGUUCACGAAGAUCAUAGAUCCGUUGCUCGAAGAGAAUUACCCCGUAAAGGGUCUUUAUCAAGCUCUUGCUAUAGCAGCAAUGUGUCUUCAAGAGGAUGCUAAUAGCCGGCCAUUGAUCGGUGAUGUUUUAACUGCGGUUGAGUUUCUUGCUAGGCCAAAAGUUGACGGCCAAGUUACAGCAGAGUCACAAAGAAACAGCAGCUUCCAUGUUAAGUCCGUGAAAGAACGAAGUUCGAAACGAGACCGUGAUUUGUAGCUACUGUAGCUGAGGUUAACAAUCUUGAAACUUGAAGAAAUUGCAGAACUGAAAACCAACUGAAACUGGUACUUGGUUUUCAAGCUACAAGUUGCUCACACUAUGUUAGCAUGUUGUUUGUGUAGAUAAUUGUGAGUUCUUUUAUGUGUGUAAUUGUUUAAGUAGCUUAUCUUUAAGUGCAAAAUACAAGUAUGUGUUUAGAUAUAAGUAUGCAUAAUCUUUUUUAAGGUUUUCAUAUAUUUUGGAUGAUCGUAUUGUUAUUCUCGUGUUCAAAUACAUGGGAGAGACAAUAGUGUCAAACAUAGAACUAAAUUGUAAUAUUUGAGAUUUGGUAUGUAAGCAUGUGCAACUCAGAUUUAGUACAUAAUGAAACCUUGUGAGGAAAA